AUGGACGGCGGUGGUGGAGUGGGAGCAGGAUGCAUCAGGAUCAAGUAUCUGUCUCCGCGGAGAGUCAUGGCUCGGUUGUUUCCUUCGCCGGUUAAGGUCAAAGGGAAGAAGAAGAAGGCUAUGGCCGAAGAACGUGUAAGAGACUGUGACUGCGAGAGGAUCAUAAAUGAUCAUCAUGGAGUUGGCCAACUUUCAGAUUCGCCGCCACGGACGAUCGAUUCCGAAUUGCGAAGAAGGGAGUUUUUGUUCAGCAUUGGGAUGAGUUGUUACUUGCUGCAUCUGAUUGCUACUGGAAGAGAAGAGAUUCACAAGAUAGUCGAGCUACGUAACAAUAUAGAGAAGCUUCUUGAAUGCAAGAACGAUGAAAUGAGGCGAAAACAUCAAGAGUUUGUUGAGUUAAGGAACGAAAUAGACAAGCUAUUACAAAAUCACAAUGAUGAUUUGAGGCGAAAACAACAACGGUUUGUCUCAGGGAAGCAAGAGCAGAGUGACGUUGUGGAAACUUCUAGUGAUUACUAUUACUCUCCACAGUUAAUGGAGACGUCUUUGGCUGUUGGAGUUGAAGGUUCUUUUAAACAUUAUGUAUUUAAGGGAAAGGGAAAAGAUUUUGUAGGAGACAUGGAUCAGCUUGAAGCAGAACUUGAAGCCGAGUUUGAGCUUCUUCAGAUUGGUCACAACCAAGAGAAGAGUGAAGAUUCAAGAGGAAUAAGGCCAUUGGAGGAACAACAAGGAGUGUGUCCUUAUGAGUUAGAGAAGAGGCUACAUGAGCUAAUAGAAAUAAGACAAGAAGAGAAGAUAAAUGAGCUGGAGAAUGCAUUGGAAAAUGCUAAGAAAAGGCUUCAUGUGAAGGAGGCUGAAGCUUCUUGGUGA